AUGGCAAUACACACAGAAGAGAAGCAUAUUAAAUGCAAGAAAUGUGAUAAAGUAUUUGCAGAUAAAAGCUAUCUUAGAUCUCAUAUGAAAGUGCACAAUGGAGAGAAGAAUUUUAAAUGUGAAUUAUGUGACAAAGCAUUUCCUAGCGUUGCCCCUCUGAAAACACAUAUGGUUGUGCACACAGGAGAGAAGAAUUAUAAAUGUGAAAUGUGUGACAAGGCAUUUGCUUAUAAGAGUGCUCUCAAAACUCAUAUGGCAGUACAUACAGGAGCGAAAAAUUAUAAAUGUGAAAUAUGUGACAAAGCAUUUGGUCGCAGUGACCAUCUGAAAAAACAUAUGACAGUGCACACAGGAGAGAAGAAUUUUAAAUGCGAAAUAUGUGACAAAGCCUAUUAUCGAAGUGACCAUCUUAAAAGUCAUAUGACAGUGCACACAGGUGAGAAGAAUUAUAAAUGUGAAAUAUGUGACAAAGCAUUUGCUCGUAAGCAUAAUCUAAGAGAUCAUGUAGUAGUACAUACCGGAGUAAAAAUUUACAAAUGUGAAAUAUGUGACAAAGCAUUUUCCUUUAGAAGUAAUCGUAUACAUCAUAUGGUUGUGCACACAGGAGAGGAGAAAUUUAAAUGCGAUAUCUGUGACAAAGCAUUUGUUCUUAAAUGCAAUCUUGAAACUCAUAUGACAGAACACACAGGAGAGAAGAAUUAA